AUGACCGGAUCCACUGCUGGUUCCAUGCUACCACUACAGUUAAGACAAAAAAGGGGGAGGGGGCAAGAGCCACACAACAAGGGGACAGAGAACACACACAGAGAACACAGAAAGGACAAAGAUACCGAGAGAAAGAGAGACAGAAAGGAACCAGGGGGGACAGCACAGAAGACAGAUACACAGAGAAAACAAAACAGAAAAGAACAGAUCAAAAGAGAUAGAUUGACAGCUUUACCCAUUAAAUGGCUGCCGUGUAACGGUGCCCAACCCCUAUAUACCUUUUAUCCUCCUAACACCCCACUCCGACACCCUCUCUACCAAUCCCUACUGCCUUGCUCAGUACCCUCCUCUGCCUAUGCGUCUCCAUGGGGCUGCAGGGUGGACAUCUAUGCAACCCUGGCAAAGAACACUAUAUACAAGAAGAAGAAG